AUGGCAGCUAUGAGUAACAUCAAGACGUUCUAUGCAGCAGCGAUUGUCUCCCUGGGGUUGCACGUUCUGUUGAGUCUAAUCCUGCAGGUAAAAAUGUUAGCAUGUCUAUGGGAAGGUCAUCUCCACAGCCGGUCUACGCAGUCUACGCCGCCUCCACUGCCAUUUUCACUUCCACUGGCUCCCCCAAGACGACUAGAUGAGGCGUCAUCUCCCCGUUGCGGCAACCACACCACAAGGACGACACUGAAGGACUGUGCGAAGAAAGAGAAGGACCACGCCACACUGCCAUACAUGUGCCAGAGACAAAGCCUAUUAUCAAUACUGCUGCUGCAAAUGUUUGAAGCUAAGUAUUACUCAAAUAGGUUUAAGCUGCUGACCAAAAAUGACGUGCUUAUUCAGUUCGAGCUCUGCAAUAGCUUUCUAACAGACGUAUACGAAAAGGUGAUGGAAAAAUUGGCAUUCCAGCUGAAUAAACUAGCAAAAAAGUACUACUACCCCGAGAGAGAAAAGGCCCUACUGUGGAAUAGAUGCAAAGAAGGCAUUCAGAAGAGCUUCAAAGAGGUAGACGAGUAUUACGAUAUAUAUUCUGAAUACUACAUGCACAAACGUGUAAUAUUUGGGGUGAGCUUUAACAGAGUUUUGCAAAGGUACAUCAAAAUGUGGAAGGACGUUUUGCAAAAAAAUGAAGAUUUGUGGAAUGACACCUUCGCGCAGAGCGUGGAGGAGUACAAGGCGAAAGAUAAGCAGAUGAAGAAGGAGCAGCUGGAGAGCGGAACCAAGGUGGAGCGAAAGGGUGUGGCGGAAAAGGGGGAGGCAAAAAAGGGAGCGGCGAAAAAGGGGGAAGCAAAAAAGGGGGAGGCGAAAAAGGGGGAAGCAAAAAAGGGGGAGGCGAAAAAGGGGGAAGCAAAAAAGGGGGAGACAAAAAAGGGGGAGGCGAAAAAGGGGGAGGCGAAAAAUAACUAA